UCAUCCGUGGCGCGUGUCGGCUGCAGAAUCGAGACGCUGCCACUCGCGUUUUGCCGGUGAUACAAUACUGACGACGGGAGGACACUUUUUCUCCCUCCCUCCUUUUUUUUCCUUUAAGAAAGCUGUUCGGUGGACGAACGUCGUUAAAACAAGAAGACCUUUCGUCAACAUCUGAUUCUUGCAGGAUUUAUCGACCUAACUCAUUUCUCAUAACUGAUUAACGAUGCCUGCUGACACCAUGGAGAAGCAGACCGGGUCCCCGAUGGCUGGUUCCCCCGCAAACGGCUCACACACCCCGGACAAACCCAAAAAUGCCAGCGAGCACAGAAAGUCAUCCAAGCCCAUCAUGGAAAAAAGACGGAGGGCAAGAAUCAACGAAAGCCUGGGUCAGCUUAAGACACUCAUCCUAGACGCACUAAAGAAAGAUAGCUCCAGACACUCCAAGCUGGAGAAGGCAGACAUCCUGGAGAUGACAGUGAAGCACUUGAGGAACCUGCAGCGGAUCCAGAUGAGUGCAGCUGCUCUCUCACCUGACGCCACCGUGCUGAGCAAGUACAGAGCCGGAUUCAACGAGUGCAUGAAUGAAGUCACGCGCUUCUUGUCCACUUCGGAGGGCGUGAACGUGGAGGUGAGGUCAAGGCUGCUCACUCACCUGUCCGGCUGCAUGAGCCAGAUGAUGGCCAUCAACUACUCGCAGCAGACCUCGUCCCAGCAAGCUCACAUCGCCCAACCCCUGCACGUCCAACUACCCUCCACUCUUCCCAUCAGCCCCGGCACCGCCAUGGCCUCCAAAGUCAGCCCGGCCGAGGCGGCUUCCCCCAAGGUGUUCGGUGGCUUCCAACUCGUUCCGGCGUCUGAUGGACAGUUUGCUUUCUUGAUUCACAACCCAGCUUUUGCUGCGGCCACAGCCCCGAUGAUCCCUCUGUAUGCAAACGCCGGGCUGCCCUUGGCGGUCAACGGGCCUUCGGCAGGCACCGCGGCUUCGCCGGUACACGGCAUGACUUCCUUCUCCGGCGGAUCGCAGUCGGGAAGCCCAGUAGGAGUGAGUCCUGGUCCGGACAGUGGCGAGCCCGUGUGGCGGCCUUGGUAGCGAGCGCCUCACUUGCCACCGAAAGCCAGCGAGGGAACGCUAAUAUGGAAAUGUGGGACUGCCACUGUUAAACGUUUGAGUUCAGACCUGCAGCUGUUACGAGGAUCUAACCUGUGACUUUUCUGUUGUGCCACCCUGAAAAAGUUCACGUGGCACUUUUUUUUUGUUUCGUUUUAUGGAACAGAAGCCUUGGAUGGAACGUUAUCAUUUAUGACCAGUUCCAGUUGGAAGUUGGUGAUGAAAACCUGUAUGUGAAGAGGUGUUGAUUUGUAGGAUUUUUGCUAUAAAGUACUUUUUAUAAAAAGGUUUAGUUUUGUACAGAGUUGUUCUUGAUUGCUAUACCAAAGCUGUUUUAUAUUGUUUUUCUGUUUGUUAAAGAAAAAAA